UUUAUUAUGUAUACCUACCGUAUCUUUCCAAUUCAAAAUUACAUAAAAAGUUUACAAAUUAUUUUCCGGUAUUAAUAUUUGUCAUUAAAAGCUUUGUUAUGGUGAUAAAUAUGUCCGCACUGAGUGCGUAGGUAUAUGACUCAAAGGUUCGAUUUAAUUAUAAUAUAGGUUAACUAUGUUUUUUGUAAAAUAAUUUGCAUUUUUAAAAUCCUAGAAGUUGUUUACUGGUCUACAUAUCUUUUAAAGACGUCUGAAGGCCGUUAUUUUUUUUCCUGAAUAUAACGCAUUACCGAUAUUUAUUAAAGAAAUGUAGAUAAUUUAUAGUAAUUGUAGGAAAAAACUGUAUGUAGUAGGUAAAAAUUAUAUUGGGAGUCUGUAACCUACAAAAAAUGAAUUUAAAAACGAUUGGUGUUUUCGUGUUUAUAGUUUUUGUUUUCAAUGUAAAAUGUUAUCAUUCUUCUGGAUUCGGGCGUUGUCCGAAGUACAUAGCUCUACGAAAUUUUAACGUGUCCAAGAUAGUGGGUACAUGGUACGAAAUUGAACGAACUUUUCACUUGAUGGAAUUAAUAACCAGUUGUGUAAGUCUAAACAUUUGGGAGAAUGAAAGAAAACAACUUCAAGUGACAGUAAGGACCAUAAGUAGAUGGUCCGGAAGUAUAAUAAUUAAUCGAGGAACUGCAAUACCCAACAAGAAAAUAAGGAGUAUAUUUUCAUACAAAGUAGACUCCACAUUACCUAACCUCUUGGCCAAAUACCUUCCGGGAACAGGAAUUUAUCAAUUUCUGGAAACUGAUUACGAAAACUUCGCUGUUAUAUGGACUUGCGCGGAUUUGGGGAUUUUUCACGUAGAUCAAAUUUGGACAUUCAGAAAAAAACCGUUCAGGAGUCGAAUAGUCAGCGUUGACCAUCUAUACAAUGUACGUCUUUCAUAGGUUCAUUUUUUGGUCAGCAAUCAACAAGCCGCUGUUGUCAUUUUUCAGUAUUUUGUCUCAUAUUGGUGUAUACUGCCUAAUUUCAUAUACUUAUCAUAGCGUUUACAUAACCGCAUGAACGUUAGUCUUAUUCUCUUAUUUAAAAAAAAUUAGGAAGAUUUCGCGUUAAGUCGAUUUGUUUUAACCAUUAGAUAGGUAUCAGCGCAAAACAAUAAUUUAAAAGAAAAACUACAUAGAUUU